AAUCAGAAUGUCUCAAUAUUAAUACUUACAAACACUGUUUUUAGUACUGAGGAACAUGGCUCAAGUUAUCAAUGUGUGACACGCAGCCACCCCCUCUUGCAUUAUCCUUAGGGUUACCAUUUCCGUUUCGCAGAAGAAAUUGCUGUUUAUGUUUAACACUUGACCACAGUCUUCUUGAAGCUUUUGUCAAAGAGAGCUGGCAAUUACUGUUAAGCCAGUUUGACUCACCUCUUCAUACAGAAGAGUGCCCUGCCAGGCACUCACUGCAUGCCUACUGAAUGGGACUGGAUUUGAAAAACACGAGACCUUCAGGUAGAUGGGCAGCUGUCCCAAGAGGCAGCUAUGCAGCUAGGAAACAGGGCUGCAAUUUUCACCCCUGUCCUUGUUGCCAGCUUCCCAGCAUGUAAACAAAGUGGUAGAAACUACACUGGGCUGGUACUUGAAGGUUGUUUUGUCUGUCCUGUUUUUGUUUAGGCAAAUUGGGUCUGUGAUAGAGAUCUGACUGAUAGAGACUUUUCAAAUAUUUUUCCCUUUAGGGGAAUGUGGAUCCUUGGGGAUCUUUGAUUUGUUUUGUCUAACAGGGCAGGUUGUGUGUUACACUGUCCCAAGCCAGGUUUCAUUUAAUUGGCUGGGGCACUAAAGGGGAGAGGGGUGUCCUGCUAAUGCCAGGAUUCUAAGGAAGCCAGGAAGUCACAGCUGCUGAGCAGAAAGAAGCCUGUGGUUGGCACAGGGAGUAUAGAGGGUAAUCAUUCCUGCCGAGCCUGGGCUGUUUACUCUGCCACCCUGUUGCUGGUGGACACUGGGCGUGGUGGGCGUGCUUGCUUAGUACCUGUUUGUAGAGCACUGAGACAUCCAGGGCAGAGCUAAAACAGCAGUCACCUGAAACCAGUCCUGUAGGUUUUCCCUCUCUGGCUUUAGCUGUGAAAAUCUGCAUUCCAGAUGAAAACUGCAGGGAAGCGGAAGAAAGCACUUAAAAAAAAAAAACUUCAAGGGCUGUAAAUGAACUGCUUUGAGAAUUCUGGGUACUUUCAAGAUGAUCCAUUGGUUUCUCUAGUUCGUUUCCUUGAUUGUGGCAUUCUAAGUGGCUGCCGAUCUGGGUGUACUGCUAGUUUUUUGGCCUGGGCAGCACAGGACUCUCUGAUCAUAAUCCCGAUGAAGAAGAAGGCCUGUGUCAGAAGUAUUUCAGUCAUUUUCUGCUGAUUCACUUCUGAUUCCCUUAGGCUGCUCAGGGCAGUGGCUAAGUGCCGUCAGGAUCAGCUUGCCGGCUCAGCACUUUCAGAAGCCUUCACUUGCUCACCAAUGAGGAAGUUGAAUGCCACCAGGAGAACCGCCGGACUGGGGCGGAGCUCCUCGUGAAGUCCUGGGCUGGGAUUACAGGGCAGGCUGACUUUCCCUAUGACAAAAAGGCUUUUGUCCUCGGGAAUAAAUACGGAAGUUUCAGAAGAGCAGCCUCCCUGGUGUAGUAAGGUGCGCGGCCUUGGCUGCUUCUGGGCACAGACUCCACGCACUUUUCACAGUUGCCUGGGCGCACCAUCAUUGCACAAACCAGGACUGCCCAGUGACCUGAAAGACACCAAGUCUGUUUGCUGUUCGGCUGACUGCCCGACUCCCAGGUCCUGUUGCUCUCGGUCCUGCAAAUUAAGAGCAGAUGGAGUGGAUAAACUGAGAGAGCAGGAGAAGGUAGCACAAGUCAGACUUCCAUCAAGGGCAUUACUGAGACAUGGAGAACGUUGAUAAUUCUCUGGAUGGCAGUGAUGUCUCGGAACCAGCAAAACCAGAAGCUGGACUUGAAAUGGCUCAGUCGAUCCUGAGUAAGUUCUCUAUGAAAUCCCUGUUUGGAUUUACAAGUAAACUGGAAUCUGUGAGUCCAGAAGAGGAAGAUGCUGUACUGAAAGCAUUCCACAGUUUAGACACGGAGCCCACAUCCCAGCGGGAUGAUCCCAGCAAUGGCUUGGAUCCACAGGAAGCAGAGUCUCCGAUUUCACCAGACCUCAGAAAUGGUGAGAAUAUUGCAAGGGUAGAGACAGAAUCAGAGGGAAGUCAGAGAAAAGGAGAAGCAGGGACAUCUCUCCUUGCUCAAGAGCUGCUUCCACUCUCUACUUUGGAAGAGACAAAAGAUGAUGUCAUUUGUGUUCGUGGGACCCUUGUGCACACUACCAGUGAUUCCGACUCUGAUGAUGGUGGCCAGGAGCCAGAGGAGGGAAGCAACACCAAUGGCUCCAAGUCCCCUAGUGUUGUUUUAUCUGAGCCAUCUCAGGAGUCUAAAGAAACCCCAGGAGAUUUCAGGGAAAAUACUGUCACUGGGGAAAUGAAUGGUGCAGAGCUCUGUGCAGAAGAUCCUCAAAGGAUUCCAUUUGAGACAAGCAGCAGACUAGAACCUGGCAAUGUUGGUCUUCCAACAGAGCAUCACCCCAGCCAGGGCCAGGAAGGAGAAGAAGGAUCCCAAGUCCUACCUGCAGUAACAAACCAGAAUUUGAGUGUUGGUGUUACUGAGAGUGCCUCUUCUAAAAAAGAAGUCUCUGGAGAGAAGUCAUUCCAGCUUCCAGCUUUUUUCAGUGGGCUUCGUGUGCUGAAGAAGGGGGCUAAUGCUGAGAGAGGAGAGACCAUCACUGAAAUUAAACCAAAGGAUGGGGACUUGGCUUUGCUCAAAUUGACCCAGCCUGUGCAGAAGUCCUUAGUGCAGGCAGGGCCGCAGACAGUGAAGAGUGAGGAUAAAGCAACUGAUCCAAAGGCCACUCCCACUCUCCUGGAGCAGCUCUCUCUGCUGCUCAACGUUGACAUGCCCAAAACUGAACUGAAGGGAGCAGACCCUGAGUCGCCCAGGAAAGAAGAGAUGGGCGGCAGUUCUGACCAAGAGAGCCAGAGCAGCCCUGGAGAAGCCCAAACCCAGGGUGGUGAAGUCAAGCCAAAGCCACCAGAGACAGCCCUGGAGGCUUUUAAAGCCUUAUUCAUCCGGCCCCCCAGAAAGGGGACCACAGCUGACACCUCUGAGCUGGAAGCUCUCAAGCGCAAGAUGAGACAUGAGAAGGAGUCGCUAAGAGCUGUGUUUGAACGGUCCAAGUCUAAGCCAGCGGAUGGCCCCUCUGAUUCCAAAAAUCCUGACCACAGCCCAACUGAGCAGGACGACAGGACUCCUGGCCGACUUCAAGCCGUCUGGCCACCCCCAAAGACAAAAGACACUGAAGAAAAAGUGGGACUGAGGUACACUGAAGCAGAAUACCAAGCUGCUAUUUUACACUUGAAGAGGGAGCACAAAGAAGAAAUUGAAAACCUGCAGGCCCAGUUUGAACUUCGGACAUUUCAUAUCCGGGGCGAGCAUGCAGUGAUAACAGCAAGACUAGAAGAAACCAUUGAAAAUCUGAAACACGAGUUAGAACACAGAUGGCAAGGGGGUUGUGAAGAGAGGAAAGAUGCAUGCAUUUCCACCGAUGAUGACUGCCCUCCAAAGACCUACAGAAAUGUGUGCAUCCAGACAGACAGACAGACCUUCCUCAAGCCCAGUGAAGGUGAAAGCAAGACAACCAGAAGUAAUCAAUUAGUACCGAAAAAGCUAAAUAUCUCCUCUUUAAGCCAGCUCUCUCCCCCAAACGACCACAAAGACAUCCAUGCAGCACUCCAGCCAAUGGAAGGCGCCCAGUCAAAUCAGCAAAAGGCACCACCUCCACCUCCUGCACCACCCCUACCUCCUGCACCACCCCUGCCGGCAUCCAUCCCUCCCCCUCCGCCUCUUCCCCAAGGACUUGGAUCUUUGUCUCCAGCACCUCCAAUGCCACCUGUGAGUGCUGGGCCACCGCCACCACCUCCGCCACCGCCUCCACCACCACCUCUACCUCCACCUUCAAGUGUUGGACCUCCACCACCCCCACCCCCACCCCCACUUCCUAACUUCCCUGUGCCACCCAACCCUGGAGGGCCUCCUCCUGCUCCAACCCCCCCAGGACUUGCACCCCCACCUCCCCCUGGACUUUUCUUUGGACUUGGCUCUUCUUCUAGUCAAUCUCCUCGAAAACCAGCCAUUGAGCCCAGUUGUCCCAUGAAGCCUUUAUACUGGACUAGGAUACAAAUAAGUGAUAGGAGCCAAAAUGCUGCACCAACCUUAUGGGACUCCUUAGAAGAACCUGACAUUCGGGACCCUGGUGAAUUUGAGUAUUUAUUCUCCAAAGACACAACUCAACAGAAGAAAAAACCUCUGUCAGAGACUUAUGAGAAAAAAAACAAGGUCAAAAAGAUCAUCAAACUAUUGGAUGGAAAACGAUCUCAAACUGUGGGAAUCUUAAUAUCUAGUUUACAUUUAGAAAUGAAGGAUAUCCAGCAGGCCAUUUUCAAUGUGGAUGACUCCGUGGUUGAUCUGGAGACCCUGGAAGCCUUAUAUGAAAACAGAGCCCAAGAGGAUGAGCUGGUUAAAAUAAGAAAGUAUUACGAAACAUCCAAAGAAGAAGAACUGAAGCUGCUGGAUAAACCUGAGCAAUUUUUACAUGAGUUAGCCCAGAUUCCUAAUUUUGCUGAGCGUGCCCAGUGCAUAAUCUUCAGAUCUAUCUUUUCUGAGGGUAUCACCUCCUUGCACAGAAAGGUAGAGAUCAUCACACGAGCUUCUAAGGGCUUGCUGCACAUGAAGAGUGUGAAGGAUAUUUUAGCUCUCAUUCUGGCUUUUGGAAAUUAUAUGAACGGAGGAAAUAGAACUCGGGGACAAGCCGAUGGAUAUAGCUUAGAAAUUCUGCCCAAACUCAAGGAUGUCAAAAGUCGGGAUAAUGGGAUUAAUCUGGUGGACUACGUUGUGAAGUAUUACCUGCGUUACUAUGAUCAGGAAGCUGGAACAGAAAAGAGUGUUUUCCCUCUGCCGGAACCACAAGAUUUCUUUCUGGCCUCCCAAGUCAAGUUUGAAGACCUCAUAAAAGAUUUGAGAAAACUGAAGAGGCAACUAGAAGCAAGUGAAAAACAGAUGGUGGUGGUAUGCAAGGAGUCUCCGAAGGAGUAUCUCCAGCCUUUCAAAGACAAACUAGAGGAGUUCUUCCAGAAAGCCAAGAAAGAGCAUAAAAUGGAAGAAAGUCACUUGGAGAAUGCACAGAAAAGUUUUGAAACAACAGUAGGAUAUUUUGGGAUGAAGCCAAAGUCUGGCGAGAAGGAGAUCACACCGAGCUACGUGUUUAUGGUAUGGUACGAGUUCUGCAGUGACUUCAAGACAAUUUGGAAACGGGAGAGUAAAAACAUAUCUAAAGAAAGAUUGAAAAUGGCUCAGGAAUCAGUCAGCAAGUUGACGUCAGAGAAGAAAGUGGAGACAAAGAAAAUCAAUCCCACUGCUAGCCUGAAAGAAAGACUGCGUCAGAAGGAAGCCAGUGUGAACACCAACUAAGAUGAAGACACAUGGAAAUGACGGCACUGGCCAUGGAGGACCUUGCACACAUGCUGUGUGUGACCCCAGGGCUGCAGGACGUUCUUGAGAGAUUUGUUACUAAAUGCUUUUUUGCUCAUCUCUUUCUGAGGUCAUCUGCAGAGUACCCCAUGCCUUCUUUAAGAAGUCCCUUAUUAAGCCACAGGAACAAUGGGAAACCAAUUUAAGGGAACACUGCAGAAAUAUUUGAUUAUUAUUUCUUGUUGAAGCCCAAAGUCAACUCUAAGACCAGAAGAAAUACCUUCUUCUGAAAUUUUUCUGAAAUUUUUUUAAAGCUGAGAUUUCCAGCUUUAUAACCAAAGCUUGAUUUAUGUCACAUUGUCACAGAAGAGAGAAACGAUCAUUUAGGACAGUUGCCUUGGGAGAAUUCAAGUCUUUGUCUUUACACACUGCUGUUUUGAUUAUUCGUCUUAGUUUUGAUCCUAUUGCAGCAAAAUCCUGCAGCAUCUUACUCUCCAAUUAUGUUGCAACUUACCAAAACUAUUUUUGAAGGGGUCUAAGAAUAUGUAUUUUUCAGACUAGAAAAAUGAUUGUUAUUUAUGUAAUGGAAAGGAGGAAAAACAAUCGUACCGGGGUGGAGAAAGGGAGAUAAACAGACAAACUUCAUCCUGGAGAACAAGUUAUCAUGCAAGGAGUAGAUAUCUGUUAUUAAGUGAGGCCCAUUCUUGUUUCUGUAUCAGUCUUUCAUGGUUUUAUGGGCCAGCAGAGAUUCUGCACCCUCACUCCCAAGAGAAACUAAUACCUGAGCAAGCACAGCCUUGGGGUCAGAGAACCUGCUUGGACAAGAGACCCAGUGGCCAGAGCACCUUUCACAUUUUGGACCGUUUGUGAAUGGGCAAUGUUGUGUCGACCUGCAGCCAAGUUCUACGUCAUGUGCUGUGACUGUGCAUCUGGACUUCCCCCACCAUCCCCAGGAGACAGUUUCCAGACAGGAGAGCAAAUGCAACUCACAGCCCCAACUCAUGACCCUGACUGACAGGCGUGUGAAGUAGGAUGAAGCAGGACUCUUUAAUGUCAAACUUACUUAAGGAUAGAGAAAGUUUCUUACAUCAAAAUGAAAAGAAGAUUACAUUAAUAUGAAACUCCAAGUCGAUUGUUAUUCAUAGGCAGCUUUUUCUGAUCCUGGCUCUUGAGUCACAUGGGGAAACUACCUUGGACCUCUCUGACGAUGUUGUCCUUAAGCCACCUUUCUGAAUUUAUCUUGUGAGGAGUGAAGAAAGAGGACUGGAGAUGAAUUGAGAAUAUCAUCAAAGACUCAUUUUUAGGCCUUGAAGGAGAGGCCCGAGCUUUUUCCUUCAACUGGUAGAGGACUGUCCAGAGAUGAGCAAGAAUCUUAAAUUCCUUCCUGAUCCAGCCACCACACGUGGCCUGACCCUUGCUCCACCAUCUUUCCAGAACCCUUGGACUUGCCAGGUGCCUGAGCAUCUUCCCAGGCUAUGCCUGCCAGCCAGCAGCCCCUCAGGAGCGCUCCUGCAAUAAUAGAUCCAGUAACGAAAGCAGUACCAUAUCCUAAUCUAAUGUCAGCCUCCAGAAUGAAGCGCAGUCAGGAUCAAGUCAAGUCAUUCAAGCCAUAUUCAUACAGGUGCUAACCACCUUUUCUACUGGUUGAACUGAAAGGAAUAUGGUAACAUGGUUGCAUUUUUUAAAUUCAAAAUAAAGGAAUGAGACAAGCAAAAUGGCAAAGCUGAGAAGGAACAUGCAUGACUAAAAAGGCUUGAAGUUGCUUGUGAGCAAGAAGCUUUUUAUACUGCCUUCUAGUUUCUCUUAAUUUGCACUUAACUCUGAAGACACCCAAAAGAACUGAUCAAUUAAAAACUAAUUCCACUCAUAGCCAUCCUGUGCUCCUUCUAGUGUUAUGCACAAGAAAAGUGCCCAUUUUACCCAUGCCAUAGAAAUCAGCUGUGAGUUCUGUGGUGCUUGCAGAAGUCUAAAUCCUGGUAGGCUGAUGGUGAGAGCAGCAGGAGGUUUGCAGUCGAGUCACAGCAGUUUACUUUGGUCUCCAAAUAGGAUGCUCAUGAGAAAUCACUAAAGGUAAGCAAGGCUGUCACUGUGGCCACGUAACUCUUCCAGGGCCAGUGCUGAAGAAUAAUGAGUGAAACACUUAACUGGAGUUCAUUCUAGUGAACAGACUAAAACUUGACAGUAAAAUGCCUAUUUCUACAAAGCAAGAUUUGCCUGCCUCGGUUAGGGAAACCUAGUGGUUUUGUCACACUAGUCAAUGUAUUAAUGUUAGUGUUUUAAGACACCAUGGCAAAAUCUUCAUUAUUCUCACCUAAUUUGAACCCUGGGAUGACCCCUCCCAAGUCCACCAGUGUACCACAUGGUUGACACAGCCUUUAUUUUUAACUCAAGUUGAUGCUCAGUAAAGAUCAACGAUGGUUUGUUCAAGGAAGUUCAUCUAAAAUAAUCUGGAGUCCUUGAAAAUGAUCCCUGUAAAAUGCUGUUGAGCUUGUGUUCAGUGCAACAGGAGUGUCUGAACUUUCCCUGGAGAAGAGGUGACCAGGAUGCCAUUUGGCAGCUUGAGCACAUCCAGCCAGCAGGCUUUAAGUGGCUGUUGUAGGCAUAGCCCUCCCUAAACUACAAAGCAGAGUGGCCAGUAUUGCUAUGCUGUGUCUAACCAGACACUCACACCUGACUUACUAGUAACUCUGAGAACCUUUAACUUACAACUUUGUCUCUUCCUAGACAAAAUUCAUUAAAUCACACUGUGACAGUUUAGAUUCUUGCAUGAACAAUUGACAAUAAGCGUCAGAGCACACAAUAUCAUAAGUUCCAUAAAUUACACAAAAUAUAUCAUAAAAUAUACUAUAGACAUGUUAGGUAAAAAGCAUCAGGCCCAUCAAGUAUCAAAAAUCAGGUUAUGGCUCUUACCUCAAGAAGUGGCAGCUUAGGGGAAAAAGGAAUAAGAAAAAUUGUGGCCAAGCAGAAGUGGAUGUAUAUGAUGGCAGUGGAGGCCCAGAGGUCACAGGUGAUUGCCCUACUGCCUAACAGUUGCCUUUUGAAUCCUUAUGCUGAUGGUGGUGUCUUUCUACACACUCACGGCAACUACUCAGGAAUUAUGGUAAGAUUUUCUGAAAUCUGAGAUGUAGAAUAAGGAAACCCAGUGGUGCUAUUACACUUUUAAAUGUUCUAGCCAAAACAAAUUGCCAGUAUGGUUGAGGAAUUGAGUAUCAGAGGACAUGCUGGUCUUCCCCCCCGCCCACUUUCUCCUAUCAAGGACAGUAGAAGCUGCAAACCUCUUAGCCUCCUUCAGGUACCUCUUGUUUUCAUAAGUACCAUAGAGAAUGGUGUUUCCUAAAUGAAAAGUUCAUAUACUGCUGGUAAAGAAAACAGAAAAACUGAAGGAAGGAACAUAACAUGUUUGUAGAAAUAACACCUCUGGUAAGAUAAGUCACUUUUUUUCCUAAGGGCCACAGUGAGAUGUAGCAGAAGAAAUAUGUGUAUUUGGGGUGAGGAUUUGCCUGUUGGCCUGGGAUUGCAUAUUGCCUCUACAUGAUGCUGUCUGCAACAGGGACAUUUUCAUUUGAAUUAUAUUCUUCCUUUCUUGAAAGUUGUGUGUCCUCAUUUCUAUUUCUGCUUCUCCCUUGGCCAGUUCAUUGAGGCAGAUCAUUGCAUACAACAGCAUAGCAAACUGCACCAGGUCGGUUUAUGAAGGGGAAUUGGCAAUGCACACCUACAGGCUCUUUUGCCCAGGAACCAGGUUGUAACAUUGACAGGGAAGCUCUUCAUUCCCUGACAUACUAAGUUGGUCAGUUUUGUAGUACUCACGUCUGCCCACAAAAACAACAAAGAUAGAAUCAAUUUGGAGCUUUAUAUGGCAAAGAGAAGGAAGAAGUCCAAAAAUAUACAGCCUUUCCUCCCCCCCAUAUAUCUGAUUCAAAUAUAAAUAUCUGAUUUUAUAAAGUAGUUUAAAUUGCCUUUUAAAAUUGCUGUCGAGAAGCAUCAGGUAUAUUUGAGCUUCCCCCCCCCCCCAUCCUGUCCAUUCUAAUCAGAGAAAGAAACAGCCAAACAGUGGAGAGGAAAGAAAAAGCUUCUGCUUUUUAAAGUAUUUUUUAUAGUAGUUAUUUUACCUUUAGGGACCCUACAACUGAAGAGGGUGGAGAGAAUAAAGAAAUGGACUUUCAUUCAUAUCUGCUUUGUCUUCAUAAGGAAACCUGCAACACAGAUGAAACCAGUCUAUGUGGCCAAGCUGAUAGGAUUUGAAAAGUGGGUAAUUUUUAGCCUUUCCAGAAUGCAAAUAACUUGAUAUAUUUCCAUUUUCCAGUUAUAGAGAGAAACAAUCCAGCUGCCUGGAAACUUAUUAGUACAGAAGCGGCUUUAAAAAGGCACCCUCGAAUACUGGACUCAGCAGAGCUUUCUUCUUUAAACUUACAUAAUGAUAUUCAUAUCUCCAUUAGCAGUUGAAGCCAGGCAUAACCAGGCUCAGUUACAUAGCUGUAUGUGACUGAGAAGCCCAUUUUGUGUCACUUCUACAGGCUCAUCAGCUGUUGACACCUUAUUAGAGGCACUGCAUUUUUGUUUCACAAUUCUUCAUCUCCCUUCCCAAGGAACGGGCAUUCUACCAAACUCUUCCAGAUCAAUGCUUUGUUGGAAAGUGAUAAAUUUAAGACAAUUUUAACAUGUCAAAUUUGAAGCCAAUUCAGUAGCCUUAUUUGUUCCGACUCUUUAACCAAUACUGUGAUAUAAAGUUAGCAUUUGGGAAACUUGUGUAGUAAACAACUGAUUUGGAAACAUGAAGAUAUUAAAAUGGCAGCCAGCUAACUGACUCUUGAGCCACUAUGCGGUUUCUACCAAUGGAAAGAUGAGGGAGGCAAAUUAAGCCUCAUUCAGUAGGCCUGCUGUCCAGUGGAACUUACUGAACUCAUUUCCUCCUCUAUACCCAGCCCUUCUCCUAACUACUCUGGUGAUAACCAGGGGCAUAGAAGACUUUUUCUCUUAUCCUUCCCUUCUCCCAUAGGGUAGUUUCCUUCAGUCAGUCGCUCACAUGAACUCCAGACUUUAUUUUAUAUUACAUCUCUGAAGUACUUGAUCUGGGGAAGAUUGACUUUAAUUCCAUUUUUAUAUGAAAGUGGUAGAUAGAGCCAUCAGUUUAUUCUUCUACAUUCCCUCUAAGCUUACGUAAUUUUGUUUUUAAGUCUCUUAAAUAUACUGAGAAUCUUCUAUUCUGUCUCCUUUUCUAGAGGCUGAUCUAACUACACUUAUUGGCUGUUUUUCCAAGCCUUGUGUGAAACUUAGUAACACUGGGCCAGCAAAAUGCAAAGUAGACUACAGUUUCAGGCAGAAAAUCACAUCCAAAGAAUUUGGCAUGGAUUAAACAAACAACCUCCACCACACUAUAGCUCUCACAUGGGCUGAACAUUUUCCUAAACUCUACCUGUGCAGACAGUGAGAGGUUCUCUGCCUUUGAAACUAUGAGAAUGUCUUAAAUGAAUAUUUCUCUCUAUAGUAUGAGCUGCCAAUGCAUUACCUUAUACUUAGUAUAUCAAGAAGGAACUCAAAUGUUGUCAGGCACACAUUAGCAAUGGUUGGUUAAUGUCCCUGUGAAAGUUGUACCUACUUUCCUUCAUUGUUCUCUUCAGGGGCUUUUCUCCACUUUCAUCUCAUGAAACAAAUGAGUUUUUGAUUGUUCAACUGGGUUAGCUUUCCAGGUCCAUCUUUCCAAAAUGAAAGGUUAGUCCCAUAGACCACUGGGUAUCCAGGGAAAUUAACUCUCUACCUCCUCAUGGCAUGGACAAUAAGUGUUCCCGGAUUAACUGUCUGGCAACUCUUAGUAUGGAUUUUGAAUUCCAGAUUUCUUUAUAGGAGAUGUAUAAAAAGGAAUUUAUAACAUACAGAAAUUAUACUGCUCUUCCCAGUAAGGGACUAAAAGGACAUUUGAAAUCUUUACAUUUUAGAUGUUUUUGUGAACUAUAAAUAUCUCCUCCUUUUUCCUCUCUUCAUGCUAACUUGUCUCUAGAUAAAAUCUCAUUUCUUCAUACAUCGAACUGCAAGACAUGCAGAGCGUAGCUCAGCCCCACUGAGAUUGUGUUCUGCAUGAUCUUUGAAAGGCUUCCAUUUCCAUUGAAAACAAAUCCAUAGUGAGAGGCAAAGUCUAGUAACAAUUCUCCUGUCUGCUCAUAAUGGAUCUACCUAAGGGAUAGGUCUAUUCUAAAACUAUUAAUUUUGUAAUUCUAUAAUUUCCCAAGGCAUAAUAUGACCCUACUGUCAGCUAGAUUUCUAAUCUUCAAUGAGUGCAAGCUUUAAGAAAAAGGACUUCCCUUAAAGAACCAAUCUAAAAUAUUCCUAAAAAGGCAGAAACUUUUAAAAUUAGAAAUUGAAUAAUUUUUAAGAAUCUUUAGAGAAAAUAUCAUUGAUUUGUCAUAGUCUUUUUCUUUCAUCGAGUUUUAAGAGUUUUAAUUUAGACUAGCAUGCCAAGCAGGAUGUCCCUGGACUUUGAUUGAGGGGAUCGUGCUUUGGCUUGGGAAUAAGCACUGGCCUGCAUGCCCAGAGCCUAAGUGAAGGCAGUCAGCAUCCUAGUAUGAAUUGGACCUAGCAGAAAUGUAAAUUACUUCAAAGUGCUUUAGAGUUUAGUUUUCUUAGUGACACUCUGGACCCUGAAUGCUGCUGUCUAAAGUGCAUUUGAUCCAUGCAGUUAUAUGUCUUCACAUAUCUGGGGCCUUGUAAGGUUGCAAGCAAUGGGAUGAACGAGAAAAAAAGGAUGCAUAGAGGAGAAAAAUUUGAACGAGGCUAAUGCAAUCUUUUGCUGAUAGAUUACAUUGUUAGGGAGCUGGUGAUUUUUGGGCAUGGUUGUAUCAUGGACAGCUUUUCAAUGGAAAUUGAAGGCAUCUCUGUUAGGCAAAUGUGAGUGCCCAUGAUCUUGUAUUUAUCAGUGCCAGACAGUGUACUGGACAAGCAGGUACCCCAGUGAAACUUGUCUGUACUUGGUUUAACAGCUCCAACAGUUUCAAAUCCAUGGGGCUGCUUGUCCAUAGACUGUGUUUACUGCAUGCCUGUUCAAAAGUCAUUUUGACGUCUAGCUUCGUUUUGCUUUUCUCCUUUCAAUAUUUGUUUCAGCCUCCUUUUUCCUUCAUAUUCCAUGGCAAUUUUUUUCUUACAUUUCUCCCAGACCCAGAUUUUUUCACCCCUCUGCAUCACAGACAACCAAGUAUCUUCCUCAGCCCCUCCUCCAUCCCUUCAUACCCUGUGCUCCAUUCUCAGCCGUUUGGACAGGGAGCCCUGCUGUCACCAAGGAGCCCAUGUGAGGCACACUGCUGUGACUGCCUCUUGUUAAUGUCAGCAUCACCUCAUCACUUAGGCAAAAAGGAAAAUCCAUAAAAGAGAUGGAAAAUACGUCUUUUUCAUUUUAUUCUACUUUAAGAAGGUUGGCUGGGGUGGGGGGGACAUGUUAUUCUAGGCCUUCUCAGUUUCUCAUAGAUUUACCUUAAACUAAGGCCAUUCUUUUGAUAAAUUUGUACCUCAGACCGGGUCACCAGCUAUGAUGCAGAAGGCUAUAUUUUUUAAUCUCAAGUAACUUUUUGUGCUGCUGGACAAAUUGACUUAAUUCUGUGCAGGCAAACACUUUGAAUCAUAAGGCUUUUUAUUACCACUCCAUUCUUACUACUACUCAUGAUUCAAGCAUCUACCCCUGUUCUGAAUCAGGACGUUGACACUUUGUGGUUAUUUUCAGAUGAACAGUAACUGCUACACUCUUGAAAGCACUUAAAGUGUAAGCAUGUCCUAAGUUGUCAACCAUUUAACCUGGUAAAACAUAGGCUUUUCUGUUUAAUUAUUAGACCAAUCUGUAGAUAUAAUCUGAAAGGGUUUUAGGCAGUAAGGAAGACAGAUGGGAAAGGAGAAGGCACUUUAAACACAUGAAACCUUACAUUACAUGCUCUUUGAUACUUUUAAGCAUAAUCUCAUUGGAUUCAGGUAUUUUUCCCUUUGCUUAAAAAUAUGUAUUUCUAAUUUGUUUGCAUAUUUAAUUUUGUCAAAGCUGAGAAAUGCUCAUGAGUUGAGUUUAUAAGUCAUUUGCAACCAAAUGAAGUAUUUAUUUUUAAAAAGAAAGGGUGAAGGAACCGAUUUGUACAUAAUAAAAAUAUGUGUAUGUAUUAUAUAUAUAUUUUUUUCCUUCUUGACAGUACUUGGUCACCAUAUCAAGUGUAUUUUUGUACAUAAUAUAUAUUGAUUAGAAAAGUGUCAGUUGUCUAUUCAAGAAAAUUCUAUCUCUGUGAUAGAUUAUAUUUAUCCUAAUCUGUUGAUACCUCUAUUCACUUAAGAGAUAGAAUUCUAUUUUUUGGAAUUUGCAGAGAAUUGCAUUCAUGGCUUUCAAUUGUAAAUAUGCUAAGGGUAUUUUAAUAAAUCUUGGUUUCAUGUCCA